AUGCGCGCAAGUGGACUGAUCAAGCAGUUCUCCCGCUCCCAGUUCAUCCGAGCACAUCCCAACCGCCGACUGCUAGUCCAGACUCGCGCGAUGGCUUCGGAGGCGUGUUGCUCUGCUGGCAAACCAGUGCAGCUGGACUAUGAGCCGAAGGGCAAGUUUGAUAAGGUUGGCGACCUGCCUAUCUAUCGUUCCGGCUCCGGCAACCUUGGUCUAGUCAUAAUUCCGGACAUCUUUGGCUUUGGACAAAAGCAGGUGUUCCAAGUUUGUGAUCGCUUUGCGGAAGCUGGUCUGAAUGUCUGUGCGAUUGACCCGUUCCACGGGGAGCCUUGGACUUUGUCGAAGUUUCCGCCCAAACCAGAGCAUGACUUCAUGGGCUGGUUGGGCCGGGUCGGCUCCUGGGAGGCGCUGCAGCCGCAGGUGUAUGCGGCAGUGGAACGGCUGCGUAGCGAGGGAGCCACCAAACUGAGCUGCAUCGGCUUCUGCUGGGGAGUCAGCAUCGCGCUGCGGGCUGGUCAGGACGGUGCUACCUUCAGCGGGGCUGGUGGCGCCCACCCUGCACUGUUCGGCAAGGACGCUGACCUGGCAGAGAAGGUGGCAUGCCCGGUAAUCCUGCUACCUGCCAAGGGCGAUGCGUCGUAUGAGGUCUUUCAAAAGGCCCUGGGGAGCAGGCCGUACGGCAACAAGUGCGUGUAUCAGCGCUUCGAUGACCAGGUGCACGGCUUUGUUGCCGCGCGCGGCGACUGGUCCGAUCCCGCAGUGGCCGCGGCGGCCGGCAAGGCCAUCCACCUCAUGACGCACUUCCUCACGGAGGUCAUGGCCUGA